AUGUCCGACGUGCACAACACCACCGCCGCUCCGGUGGUCGCUGAGACGGUUGUCGAGCCAGCAGCUCCUGUGGCAGUCACUGACGCCUCUGCUCCCGUCGAAGAGCCCAAGGUUGAUGCUGAGGCUCCCAAGACUGAGGCCACUGAGCCCGCCGUUGAGGAGGCCAAGACUGAGGCCGCACCCGCAGAGGAGGCCAAGCCAGAGACUGCCGAGAAGCCCAUUGAGCCCAUCACUGAGGGUCAGCUCGCAUACAAGGGCCCAGGUCUCGUGAAGUCGCUCAUCCCCUCCAAGAAGGAGUUCUGGCUCAGCGACGAGGCCGUUGCACCCCAGAACCUCGACCUGUUCCUCCGUGGCGAGAAGCCAGAGAUCUCGCACGCCAUUGUUGCGUGGGCCAGCCAGACCGGCAAGGGCCUGCUCUUCUUCAACAAGAAGAACGAGACUGACCGAACUCACCCCCACGAUGUUCUUGCUCUUUACGAUGCAACCGACCUGAAGAAGAGCUCCCCACACGAGUUCUCCUUCAAGCUCCACGGCCAGAACCACGUCUUCAAGGCUACCAGCGAUGCUGAGCGUGACGGCUGGUACCUGUCCAUUGAGAAGUCCAUCGAGCUUGGCAAGGCCUCCAAGGAGGAGGUCCGCGAGAGCGAGGGCUACAAGGCCGAGAUCGAAAAGCUGAACAAGCCAAACACCGUCCUUGGCGCCGCCUCUAAGCGCAGCCAGUCCCAGCCAAAGAAGAGCGUUGACGCUGACAAGGCCGUUGCGGAGCGCACUGGCUCGACUGAGGAAGACAAGGAGGAUAAGAAGAGCCGCUCCACCUCCCGCGGUAUCCUCGGCCGCCUCCAGGGCAAGAAGGAGGAGGCUGAGCAGAAGGUUGCCGAGAAGAGGGAAGAGAAGGAGGCCGACAAGGAGGAGAAGAAGGCUGACGAGGAGGCCACUCCCAUCGCCGCAUCCACCGAAGCUGCUCCAGCCUCUGCUGCUGUCGCCACUGCUGAGAUCCCUGCCGCCGCUGAGGCCGCCGAGGCAUUGCCAGCGGAGGAGAAGAAGGAUGUCGAGGAGAAGCCCAAGCCAAGCAAGCGCAGCAGCAUCUUCGGCAAAGCCUGGGGCAGCAUGAAGAGCCCAGCCAAGGAGAAGGAGCAGAAGGAUGUCGAGCUCAAGCCAGAGGCGGCCAAGGAUGGCGCCGUCUCUGAGAACCCACCAGUCCUCCCAGAGACCGCCACCACCGAGCCAGUGACUGAGCCAGCUGUCCCAGCUGUCGAGGAGCCAGUUGCCGAUGCAAAGGCUGAGGAGAAGAAGGACGUCCCAGCGGACGCCGUCUCACCUGGCAAGGAGAAGUCCAACUUCCUCUCUGGCCUCGGCUUCAUGAAGCGCAACCGCAGCGUCAGCCCAUCCGCCAACCUCAAGGAGCCAGCCAAGAAGGAGGAGGCCGCUGAGGUCAAGCCUACUGAGGAGACUCCUGUCGUCGAGAGCGAGGCCAAGAAGGAGGAGCCAGUCGUCGCUGAGCCAGCUGUCGAGGCCGCCACCACCGAGACUUCAGCUGAGAAGGCUGAGGCGCCAAAGACUGAGACCAGCACUCCCAACAAGCGCCAGUCGGUGCUCGGCAGCCUCGGUCGUCGCGCCAGCAAGGCUCUCAAUCGCAUGAACGCCCCCAAGAAGGAGAACGCCGCUCCAGCCACCACUGAGGCCAAGAAGGAGGAGGUCGCCGAGACCAAGCCAGUCGAGGAGACCCCCGUCGUCAACGGCGAGAGCAAGAAGGAGCCAGUCGAGGAGCAGCAGAAGAGCAUCGGUGAUGUUGUUCCCGACGCCGUCAACGUCGGCCAGCCUCAGCACACCACCCCAGCGGUCACCGCCAGCGCAUAA